AUGCCAUUCCCGCAUCCAGCAGCCCACAGCCCAGCGCCACCGCCGUCGCAUCCAUGGCCGUCGGGGGGAUCUUCAAAGGAUGACUCCGCGUCUCAAGGUGGGAUCAUCGCUGGCCUCGUCAUCGGCUUCGUGGCCUCCUUGCUCCUCUUCACCGUGGCGUGGAGCGUCUUCAAGGGGCACCGCAACAGCCGCGCUCGCGCCCGCGCCGCGGCCGCGGCCGCCGCUCGGCCGUGGCCACCGCCGGAACCUUACCGCCCACGCAGCGACGAAGAUCGGCAUCGCCGAAGCGCCAGCGACCCCAGCCAGACGGCCCGUCUGCCGGCGUUCACGUACAGCCCGUCCGUGAAGCACAACGUGGCGGGCGGCGGCGAGGAGGCGGCGACGUGCUCGGUGUGUCUCGGCGCGUUCCUGCUCGGUGAGACGGUCCGGCUGCUGCCGGUGUGCCUGCACCUCUACCACGUCGGGUGCAUCGACCCCUGGCUGGACGCGCACUCGACGUGCCCGCUCUGCCGCUCCGACACCGACCCGACGAUCGACGCCGUCCGGAUACUGCCUGUUUAG